AUGACAAAAUCUUUUACAGUUGAAGAAGUUGCUCAACAUAAUAAUGAAAGUUCAAUUUGGAUUAUAGUCCACGAUAAAGUUUUUGAUGUUACAAACUUUCUUAAUGAACAUCCAGGUGGUCAAAAGGUUUUAAUGAAGGUGGCUGGUACAGAUGCCACGAAACAAUUUGAUAAUUUCCAUACCUUGGCCACGCUAGAAAAAUAUUCUCCCCAAUUACUUAUUGGCGAAAUCGGUUCUGGACAAACUGAAGAAGCAGCUCAUGAACCAUCGUCAGGUGAAGGGCCCUUUGGUGAUCUUGUACCCUUUGGUGAUCCAUAUUGGUAUCAAGAUUUCUAUAGUCCGUAUUAUAAUGAUACUCAUCGUCGUGUACGAGCUGCUGUAAGAAAAUUUGUUGAAACUGAAAUUAUGCCCUAUACAUAUGAAUGGGAUGAAGCCAAACACAUCCCUAGAGAAGUGUUUUUAAGAGCUGGCCAGUUGGGUAUUUUGCCUGCUUUUGUAGGAGCUCCAUGGCCAAAAGAAUACACUGACAUUGUACCUGUCGCAGGAAUUAAACCUGAAGAAUUUGAUCAUUUUACAGAAUUUGUUGUUUGUGACGAACUGUCUCGUUGUGGAUCAGGUGGUGUAUCAUGGGGUCUAACUGGUGGUUUAACUAUUGGACUUCCGCCAAUCUUAAAAUUCGGAACCGUUGAACUUAGUAAAAGGGUUGCCCCAGCAUGUCUUAGUGGAGAAAAAGUAAUUUGUCUUGCUAUUACAGAGCCAUAUGCAGGAUCGGAUGUUGCAAAUCUUAAAACCGAGGCAAAAUUAACUGAUGAUGGGGAAUAUUAUAUAGUAAAUGGUGAAAAAAAAUGGAUAACCAACGGUGUAUAUGCUGAUUAUUUCACUACAGCAGUUCGUACUGGUGGGCCUGGUAUGGGUGGUGUUUCUCUACUUUUAAUUGAAAGAACUAUGCCAGGUGUUAAAACACGUCAAAUGCAAUGUUCUGGUGUAUGGUCAUCAGGUACAGCUUACAUCACAUUUGAAGAUGUAAAGGUUCCAAAAAGUAACCUCAUUGGUAAAGAAAAUCCUACAAGGUUUGCACGUGUAUGUUAUGAAGAAGCAAUGAAAUAUGCACAUAAACGUAAAACCUUUGGACAAAAGCUUGUUGAUCAUGCAGUAAUUCGUAAUAAGCUUGCACAUAUGGCAAGACAAAUUGAAGCCACACACUCCUGGAUGGAAAGUUUACUUUAUCAAUUAAAUCAAAUAUCAGGCGAAGAAGCAAUGACAAGACUUGGAGGACCAAUUGCUUUGUUGAAAGCUCAAUCAACACAAACAUUUGAAUAUUGUGCUCGUGAGGCUGCACAAAUUUUUGGUGGUUUAUCUUAUUCUCGUGAAAAGGUCGAACGACUUUAUCGUGAAGUACGUGCAUAUGCCAUUCCAGCUGGUUCAGAGGAAAUUAUGCUUGAUCUUGGUGUUAGACAAUCUUUAAAAGUCGCACAAUUAUAUGGUGCCAAACUUUAG